UUUUCUUUCUCCAGAAUCCAGCGACUAUUACUCGAAUACUGCUUAGCCAUUUCAACUGGGAUAAGGAGAAGCUGAUGGAGAGGUACUUUGAUGGCAACUUGGAGAAGCUCUUUGCAGAGUGUCAUGUAAUUAAUCCAAGUAAAAAAUCUCGGACACGCCAGAUGAACACGAGGUCAUCAGCCCAGGAUAUGUCCUGUCAGAUCUGCUAUCUGAACUACCCAAACUCGUACUUUACUGGCCUAGAGUGUGGACACAAGUUCUGUAUGCAGUGCUGGAGUGAAUAUUUAACUACCAAAAUAAUGGAGGAAGGCAUGGGACAGACCAUUUCAUGCCCUGCCCAUGGCUGUGAUAUCUUAGUGGAUGACAAUACAGUUAUGCGUCUGAUCACAGAUUCCAAGGUUAAAUUAAAGUACCAGCAUCUAAUAACCAAUAGUUUUGUAGAGUGUAAUCGACUGUUAAAGUGGUGUCCUGCCCCCGACUGCCACCACGUCGUCAAAGUCCAAUAUCCUGACGCCAAACCCGUGCGCUGCAAAUGUGGGCGUCAGUUCUGCUUUAACUGCGGUGAAAACUGGCAUGAUCCUGUUAAAUGCAAGUGGUUAAAGAAGUGGAUUAAGAAGUGCGAUGAUGACAGUGAAACUUCUAAUUGGAUUGCAGCCAACACAAAGCAGGAAAACAGGGCAGUCAUGCUCGUCGAGGCAGGUCUUGUGCCUGCACAGCUGUUGGCUUCAGGGACUGAGAGUCAGAGCCCAAAGUCUGCGUUGAAUUUCUUCAUUUUGAAGAACGUAGAAAGGAAUCAGGAAUGCCCGAAAUGCCACGUCACCAUCGAGAAGGACGGGGGCUGCAACCACAUGGUCUGUCGGAACCAGAACUGCAAGGCGGAGUUCUGCUGGGUGUGUCUGGGCCCCUGGGAGCCCCACGGAUCUGCCUGGUACAACUGUAAUCGCUACAAUGAGGAUGAUGCAAAGGCAGCAAGGGAUGCACAGGAGCGAUCCCGAGCAGCCCUGCAGAGGUACCUGUUCUACUGCAACCGCUACAUGAACCACAUGCAGAGCCUGCGCUUCGAGCACAAGCUCUACGCUCAGGUGAAGCAGAAGAUGGAGGAGAUGCAGCAGCACAACAUGUCGUGGAUCGAGGUGCAGUUCCUGAAGAAAGCAGUCGACGUCCUCUGCCAGUGUCGUGCCACACUCAUGUACACUUACGUCUUUGCCUUCUACCUCAAAAAGAAUAAUCAGUCCAUUAUCUUUGAGAAUAACCAAGCAGACUUAGAGAAUGCUACAGAGGUGCUUUCUGGGUACCUGGAGCGAGAUAUAUCCCAAGAUUCGCUGCAAGACAUAAAGCAGAAAGUACAGGAUAAGUACAGAUACUGCGAGAGCCGACGGAGGGUUUUGUUGCAGCACGUGCAUGAAGGCUAUGAGAAGGACCUGUGGGAGUACAUCGAGGACUGAGCCCGGCCCUGCAGGAACGAACUCUGAACCCUUUCCCAUCUUAGAGUGCUCAUGCAAUUCCAAUAAAACCCACCCAGGGCGCUGCUCCGCCUCUUACACCGCUGGUCUGUAGUACCGGGAUUCUGUUUUGUUAACAGAAAAAUUAAGUAAAUUAUAUUGUAAUAAAAAAAAAAAAAAAGGUAGAUAAACCAUUGUACAACAGUAUUCUAGGCGGCCAAGAGUGUGACAGACGCACUAAAAACCCUCCAACUUUAACUUGUAACGUAGCUUCAUCCUCCAAGCCGACUCCUUUUUCUUUUCUCUCUUUCUUUUCCUGUGUGUAGUACAGAUGAAAUUUAAACCAGUUUCUUGACACUGCUUUUCAUGUCCAAACCAGCCAUUUUGAUGGACUUUGAUAAGGGGGGGGUGGCUCUCCCGCCCCCCUCCUCCUCUCUGCCACCCAAGUACACGGAUGAAUGUGGAUUAUUGGCUCGUCGUAAAGAGGAUUUUUGGGAAGGGGAGGAGGGGGGUACACAGCAAGGAAAAAAAAAAACCAACCUUUGUAUAUGAAUUUUAAAACAAAAAGAGGACAACACAGUAUUUUUCAAAGUUGUAUAUAGCGCAUAUGCAUGGACAAAGAGCAAGCGUGGCACGUGUUUGCAUAAUGUUUAAUUACAAAAAAAUAUUUAUUCUUUAAAAAUCUUCAA